AUGCCCCCUCCGACGUCGCCUCCACAACCGGGGGCGAAACCACCGCAAAAUCAACCUCAACAGGCGCACAGCAUGAUGGGCUACGGGCCUCCUCCUCCACACCCUGGUCCUCCUGUUGCCGUCGGCCCUCCGAUGUCUUUUCCUUCAGGUCGCGAACUUCCUGCCCUCGGCGCGCUGGCGAGGUCAGGGAGCAGUAACAGCUCCAUGUCGAUAUCGUCAAUGUUGGGUGGUCCGCCUCCAGCCAUGCGCGAAUCGCAACCUCCGCCAUCGCAUUAUCCUCCUCAUUCUGGGCCACCCGUCUCUGGCCCUGGCUUCGCGACUGCAGUGCAUGCUUCACCGCGAAUGCACUCUGCAACUUCCAAAUACCCGCCAUUUCGUCGACCUCAUACUCCCGAUCAUCAGCGACCUUACGAGCCCAGGAACUCACCGCCUGGACACUACCCCACACCUGAAGUCCCGCGCUACAGCACACCGUCUGCCUAUUCAAGACACCCCUCAGGCUCUGCAGAUCAUGCAAGAGAACCUGGCAGGUUACCACCCGGACCUCCUCCAAGGCCGAGCAGCCAGCCUAAGUAUCCGGGAAUGCCUCGACCGAUGGAGAUGGGACGGCCUCCAGGACCAGAAGAGGCAUACGGACGACGAGAUGAGAUGGGUCGACCUCCGCCUGGCAUGGAAUACAACCCCGAAAGAGUUGGAUUGCGACCUAACCCGUACGAGGACCGGUAUAGGGCAGAACGCGAGCGAAUGGGCGAGGUAGAGCAACGUGAACGCGAAAGAAGAGAGCGCGCAUACUCUGGCAGCGAUUCAGGAAGACACUCGAUACAUCCCGGCGACUAUGGGCACCGCGAACCACCUCGGAAUCCUUUGCCGUAUGGCCGACCACCAGAUCGUGACCCAAGGGACAUCAGAGAUCCCCGCGACCCUCGUGAUCCCCAAAACCGCGAUCCUAGAGACAGUCGAGAACGGGACCCAAGAGAUGCGCAAUGGGGUCGUCCAGGCCCCGACCCUAGCUAUCGAGCACCCAUGGAUCACCAGCGACAUCCCGAUUAUCCCCCAGGCGCGCCUUAUCCGCCUCAUGGUCACUCUUAUCAAGGGCCCCAGGGGCCCCCACCUGAUCGAUACGCGCCAUCCUCACAUCCGCCAGCUCAGAAUAUGCCACCUGGACCAGCACCAUACGAGUCCCCAGAUCGAGCGCGUAUGACUUUAAUCCCUACACAACAACCACAACACCCUCAUCGACGGCCAGAGGAAGGGCCGCCACCACCAACAAUUGCGUACAAUGGAGCUCAUGGCCCUGGGCCAUAUGACUCCCCACGACAUAGGAAUAGUGACGAUGCCUCAGCCCCGAAUGGACAGCGUAACUUGUUAGCCAUCCAGGAGAUGAACCGAAAGGGUAGAAUCUCGCCACUCCCGCAGGCUGUACAAGGCGCGCAACUACAGCAACCCGGACCAACUGGCGAGCCUGGGAUCAAGAGCGAAUUCGGUCGCAUGUUUGCGGGUAUUGGCAACGGAGUCAUGGGUGUCUCAAGUCCCAUCGCAUCUACAGCCAUGCCCUUCACGAAUGCAAGUCUCGCUAAGCGCGAGGACUCGGAGAACAUAACACCCGAUUCAGGUACAGAGGCAGGAACCAAGACCACCAAAGGCAGAAGGAGAAAGCUGAAGGACGAUGACGGAAAGGGCGAUGAUGACAGCUCAGGACGAGCGACUCCAGCAAACAGGGGGGCAAAGCGUCCCAAGACUCACCAGCAUCACCAUCACCAUCAGUACGUUGGCUUGCCGUUUUCUCUUGAUUUCGCUGACCGUAAUAGUCAUCCGCAUCACCACCAUCAUCAUCCAGCCGACUCUGCGCCAUUAACUGGUACCGCGCCUUUCAAGAACUUCAAGACUGGUGCUCCUCCUGGCGACAAAGGCCUACCUGUUCCUCAUCACCAUCACCCUCCUCGACCUGUGCACACACACCAGCACCAGCCAGCGAAACAAGCCACGAUGAACUCGACCCCGGUCAUUCCCCCGAAAUCAAAAACAAUUAUAUCCUCAAAGGCUGUGUUGGAAUCUGUCGCAGACCGACCCAGGCACCAUCUUGGAGAUUUCAUCUACGAUCCGGGACUGAAACCAGGGCGAUUAGUGCCAAGUACCUCUACACAUCGAGCUUUUGCUUCCAACCCGAAACCAUUGCCAUGGGAUAUGAUUAAGAACAAGGAGAAUUGUAUCCUGACAGUCAAGGUUGCAAGGAUUCAUCUCUCUUCCAUUGCAAGAGAAGAGAUAACUUCACGAGGAUAUCUAUGGGGCACUGACGUUUAUACCGACGAUUCUGAUGUUGUUGCGGCGUGCAUCCACAGUGGUUGGAUCAAGGGAGAAUGGGCCGAGGACGUUGACAACGCGGUCUUGGACAUUGAUCAAGGAGUCACCGAUAAGCGACGUAAGAAGCCAGCGAACUCGACCGUCGACCUCGAAUCUGAAGACCUUAUCACGGCCCCUCCCCCCAGCGGCCCCAUGCCGAUUCCCGCGCAUCGGGACCUGCACGUCAAAGUUCUGAUCCUUCCUCGAUUGGUCAAAUACUAUUCUUCUACGCGACAUGGGAUCUCUAGCCGAGAAUUUGGUGGAGACUACGGCCAUCGCCACUCGGUGCACGACGGCAUCAGUUAUAUGAUCAAGGGUGUACGAUGGGUUGAGAACGGUGCACAACCACAGGCUCGACUUCGGGGCAAAGCUCGACGUGAGCGCAUGCGUAAAGCUAUGCGAGAGGUGAAAGGAAAUUUUGGCAAUAUCAACGGCAUUGAUCUCGACAAAGAUAAAGAGGGACAACUAAGAGGAGGAAUAUCCGCCACAUGGAGAAAAAAGGAGCCCGAGUCAUCCGCAUCGAAGAAUAAUGAAACCGUAGCAGAAGGCGACAAGGGGAAUGAGUCAUCUGCAAACGACGAAGAAGACAAAGAAAAGAGCGAGGAAAAGGCCCAGGACGUGGACAUGGAUGAUGCCGCCGAAACUCCAGCCACAGAGGAGAAGACAGAUCAAUGA